CGGGGCUGUCCAAUCAACUGCCGGAAUCCAGCGGAACGACUUAGUAGUGAGUGGUGGCCGACUAGUUUCUGUCUCACCAGAGAGCUAGAGUACAUUUGACGCUUUGACUUAUCCAGUCAAAAAUAAGUAAUUAGCCAUGAAUAGUUUGUUGAAGUUGUCAGCCAGGUGCCUUCGGUCGGGUUCAGCGGUCUUUUUGUCGAGGCCCGCGGAAGGACGCGCGUGCCUGGCCUCGGCCCGGUUUCUGUGUGCGGCGGCGGAUGUCCAGAAGACUCUGGGUGACAUGGUGAAGAAGGACAAAGUGGUGGUUUUUAUUAAAGGCACGCCGGCACAGCCAAUGUGUGGCUUCAGUAAUGCCGUGGUCCAGAUUCUGCGCAUGCACGGGGUGGACGACUACGCCGCUUACAACGUCCUGGAGGACCAGGAGCUCAGGGAAGGAAUCAAAGUCUUCUCCAACUGGCCCACGAUCCCUCAGGUCUACUUCCAGGGGGAGUUUGUGGGAGGCUGCGACAUCUUGCUCCAGAUGCAUCAAAACGGAGAUCUAGUUGAUGAACUGAAGAAGCUGGGCAUCCGCUCUGCCCUUCUGGAUGCAGAGAAAGACUCCAAGUAAAAAAAAAGAAAAAAUCUGUUUUAAUGUAAGAAGUUGAGGAUAGGCUUAAUGGAAGAAAUCCUCACCCACAUUCAAAUGAUUACAGAAAGUUCGACUCAGUAGAAAGGCUGAAUCACAUGGUCUAUCAAAAUACAAACACAGAAAGAGUCCAGAGUGCUUGAAUCAUUGGUUAGUUGGGAGAAACCCAUUUGUAUUUGGAUCCAAACACACUUUUUUUUCUUAUUAACGUUCAUCAUGAACAAACCUGGCCCUCAAUCUCCUGCAUCAAAACAAAGGUCAUGAUUAAGCUGCCAGUUACAUCACAGAAUGUCGACACUGGAAACCUUCCAAAUGCACUGCCUCCAGGGGGAAGAACUCCAUCCCUUUCUGCAAGAAGCAACGCCUUUUUCGAAACCAACCGGACACAGUGGCUGCUUUGCUGCCUGUUGAGAAAAGCAGUUCAUAUCAGCUUCCUGUUACUAAAGGAAAAGUUUGUUUUUUUACAGUCAUUUGUGUUCGUUUCCUCAAGCCCUGACUUUCCAAAGCUGCUGCAGUUGUAUCAUCACGGAAACAUGUAGUACACUGUAAGAUAUUGUACAUUUAAAGCCUAUUAUCACAUGUAUUUGGGAUGCAUGUAAAUCUGCAAAAGUAAAACAGUUUGAAGACAAACUUUC